AUGACAGCAUUUUCUUCUACAAUUUCAAGAAAGAGUGAAAAAGUGAUUGAAGAGCAAGACGUAGAAGAUAAUACUGCCGUUUUAUUCUGUGACAAGGUUGUCAUUCCCCAUUUGGAGAAUCUGAAGUUGUCCUCCAUUAACAUUCAGAAGAUAUGGCACCACCCAUCCUACUCACCAGAGAGGAAUCAGAUGUUCUCUACACUGCGGUCCCUGUGUCUGGAAGACCUUCCCAAACUCAAAGAUGCCUGCUUUGAGAAUAGCUUUGAAUUCCCAUGCUUAAGAGAUUUAACACUAAAAAAUUGUCCUCUGCUGAAAACAUUCAUCUCUAAAUCUGUAUGUGGAGAUGAACCUCAAAUUCACCAACCUACACAAACAAAUAACUCUGCUGUCCUCAAUGAAAAGAUUGUUUUCCCUCGUUUGGAGAAGUUGCUGAUUCAGGGUUGUGAUUCGUUAGAAGAAAUAAUGGAGCUGCAAGCACUCAAUGCCAAUGAAGCACAGUCAACAUCAGCUACGCGGUCUACUAUGGCAGACACAAUGAUGACCAAGUUUGUAUUUCCCCGUCUAACGCACCUUGGACUGGAUAAGGUGCCGAGUUUGAAAAGUUUCUACUCUAGGAUGCAUACCACCCAAUGGCCAUCAUUGAAAUUUAUGAAGGUUAUUGAAUGCCCCAGAGCACAAAUUUUUGGUGAGGUUGAAAUCCCAAACCAACAACCCUUGUUUUGCAUCAAUGAGGAUGGAUUCUGUGGCCUAGGUGAUUUGACCAUCUCUGAUACGUUUCCCGAGUUGAUAGAAAUAUGGAAAAAAAAACCUCGAGCAAUUUUAGAGUUGAAGAACCUUAGCCAAAUGAAGUUUAUAAAUGUAGCAGCUUGA